AUCACGUAUGCAAUGGUUAUAUGAGCAGCAGCACCAGACUUGUGUAACAGAUUCAGAACCUCCAAAUGUUGAACUCCUCCUCCUCAUCAUCAUCUCACUGGGCGCAUCUGCAGGCUGCAGGAGCAGAGCGAUAUGACUUUACACGGAUACAUUCAAACUUAGCUUUUCCUCUCUGCUCUUUGAAUAUCCUUCAAAUAGACAUGAAGGAUAUUUGAAUUUAACUCAAGUGGCAACCCCGGCUCAUUUGAAAUAUUCGCGUUUGUCACGUUAAAAUCUCCUUGAGUUCAUGAUGGGAUUACGCAUAUUUGGCACGCCACUUUACGCAUAUGCGUGCGUCUAUUUUUUUGUUUUCAUCCUGCAAGCUGCCCAUUCUCAGAGGGAUCAAGGGGCACAACAAGGAGAUAGCCAAAAAGCAGCUCUCCGGCAGACACUACAGUGGUCACACAACGGCAAGAUUUUUAGCAUUUUAAGCCAGGGCUCGGAGUAUCAGCCACCGAGGCGGAGAGGCGCACAGCAUCAACAAGUGCAAGCGCGACCUGUCACCAUCAUUCGUGAUGCGGACGCGAGACAAUCGGACACCUCGAGUCAACCGGUGGCCCAGACCCAACAGCAGCAGCAGCAGCAGCCUCAACAGCCGGCGUCCAAUCCGCGCACCCCCGGUGGCCUCCCGCCACCACUCCAACGCCUGGUGAGAGGGCAGGAGCACCGCCAGCAUCCCCAUGACCACCCCAGUGAGCGCACGGGGACGCAGAGGAACAGCAAUGACACCCAGGAGAAAGUCACCGUCAGUCCACCCAGGAGAGAAGACAUGAUGGUCGGUGAUGAUCCCUAUGACCCCUACAAGUCCAUUGAUAGUGAUAAUCCGUAUUACAAUUAUUAUGACGUUUACGAUAGACCAAGGCCGAGAUCGCGACCAGGAUAUGGCACAAGGAACCAUCAGUACGGUCUUCCUGAUCUCGUCCCUGACCCCUACUACAUCCAAGCCUCUGCCUAUGCCCAGAGAGUCCCCAUGUACAACCUGAGAUGUGCAGCUGAGGAAAACUGUUUGUCAAGCUCAGCCUAUAGAGGCAGCGUUAGAGACUAUGACACCCGUAUGCUGCUGAGGUUUCCUCAAAGAGUCAAGAACCAGGGGACAGCAGACUUCCUGCCCAACAGGCCACGUUACUCCUGGGAGUGGCACAGCUGUCACCAGCAUUUCCACAGCAUGGAUGAGUUCAGCCACUACGAGCUGCUGGACGCCAGCACACACCACUCGGUGGCCGAGGGCCACAAGGCCAGCUUCUGCCUGGAGGACACUUCAUGUGACUACGGCUACUACAGGCGAUUUGCCUGCACCGCACACACCCAGGGCCUGAGCCCAGGAUGUUACGAUACCUACAACGCAGACAUCGACUGCCAGUGGAUUGACAUCACAGAUGUGAAACCUGGAAACUAUAUCCUCAAGGUCAGUGUAAAUCCCAACUAUCACGUACCAGAAAGUGACUACAGCAACAAUGUUGUGCGUUGUGAUGUUCGCUUCACCGGCAACUACGCUUAUGUGUCAGGUUGUCACAUGUCGCCAUAUUAAGAGAUGACAGUCAUUGACAGCAUGUUCUGUAAAUGACAACGAAGAGGACUGCAUAUGAAAGCAUAUAAAGCAUCAUGAACUGUUAGUGAUGUUUAUAAUUUAAAAUACUCACACUUUUUUAAAAAAAAGAGUAGCAAUCAUCUGACGUCGUAGUACCAGAUAAUGUUAAAUUCUUCUUCGCUUUGUCUCCUUACUGAUAAGUAGAUUCUUUCCUCUUAUUAUCUUGUGGGAUAUUUUUCCAUUUGCCGCUUCGACUCUUUUGUGCUGUCUGCUUGCAUUUCAUACUACUUGUAAAAUAGCUAAAGAAUAAAAUGGAUUAGAGGCUUAGGAUAGCUGAAUACAAGCAUAAACGAGCUUGUCCUCAUUGUUAACUCUAUAUCAAUUAUAUCACAAUUUUACAAUGAACCAUUUGUUUAAAGGAAAAUGUAUUUGUUAUAUUUAUAAGCAACGGAAGAAACUCUCUUUACUCCAAAAAAAACGUCUUUAGUUGAAUAAAACGUUGCGAUAUUUUUA